AUGGCUUGUUCGCAACCACCUGUUGUUGAUGGCUUGCUGAUUAUCGUUUUCAGCAACAUCGCCGAGCCUGUGAAGGAUGACAAACCGCACACGAACAACCGAUCCAAGAUCCUGUCAGUCGCCUACGCAGUCGAGUUCCUCAAGGCUGCGGGUAUCAAGAAAGCAGUUAUUCACGUUGAUUCGGAAUUUACGCUCAACUGUGUGGACAAGUGGAGACCAAACUGGAAGAAGAAGGACUGGAAAACUGCUGCGGGUGUCGAUGUCAAGAACAAGGAAGAACUCAAGCUCUUGGACAAAGUUUCGACCAUCGAAAUAAAUUACUCCAUGGCUGCUGACACAAACGAGCCAUCGGGGUAUUCUGAAGCCACUCGGCUUUCGAAGGAAGGAGCCAAGAAAACUCACGACUGAAUCGAUUCAGUCAAAUAACCGUUCGACGGAACUUUUCUUCUCUUCAUUUGUACUCGAAUUUAAUUUGAGAUGAGAAAAAUGCAUCAGCUUCAGAAACGAAGGCGCUUUCGUUUUAGAA